UCCUGAUAUAUCAAGUUAUCAACUCCCUUCUCCCUCCAUCCAUCCACCUCUCAAAUACGACGCUCACAUUUAUUGAAGAAAACCCUAGAUUCCUCACCUCACUGACUUCAUCCAACUCUCUCCCCCCACUCUAGAUUCCGAUCCGUAUGGCGGAGGAGGAGGUUCUUGUGGUCGCCGCCAGCCCGAAGCCGUCGGAUCACAAACGCAAGCUCGACGAAUUGGAGACCGAACAAGAAUUGGUCCUCGAAGCGCCGCCUAAAUCCUCCGGCGAGAUUCAGGUCUCGAAUGCCGAGCCCGAUGCGGCUAAUGAAGUUGAGGUGUCGCAGCCGUCCGAUGAAUCUGACGCCAAACGGCCCCGUCUUGAUGACAGCUCCGACGAUUUAGCGAGGGCGAAUGGGCACCAGGAGAAGUUUGAUGAGCCUCCAAAGGAGAAUGACGAGGAAGAUCACGUAGUGGUGAUCGAAACGGGGAGUUUUGUUACUUCUCAGCCUGAAUGUGUGGACCCCACGCAAACAGCAGUCGACGAUCAACGCGAUGACACUAAUGGUGAGACGAGUGACAUUCAAAAGCUUUCUGUUGAGGAUGCUGAAGAGGAGCCUCCACCGUACACCGGAGAGCAAGGGGACGCCGUGGAACAAGAGAAGACCACAGAGGCUCUCCCUAAGGAACAAGAGAAAACGGAAGCUUUCCCUGGGGAACAAGAGCAAGGUGGGCAACAAGAUCAAGGGGAUGCUUUCUCUGCCGAACAGGACCAGUUUUCUGAGCAUGAGGCUGUCACGCGCAGAAUGGAGGUUCCUAAUAAUAAGGUUGGGGUUCUGAUUGGUAAGGCUGGAGAUACUAUUCGGUACUUGCAAUACAAUUCUAAAGCAAAAAUUCAAAUCACAAGGGAUGCUGAAGCAGAUCCAUAUGCACCUACAAGGCCUGUAGAGAUAACAGGAAGUUUGGAAAGUAUCAGCAAAGCUGAAAAGCUUAUAAAUGCUGUAAUUGCAGAGGCGGAUGCAGGGGGUUCUCCUUCUCUGGUGGCUAGGGGCGUUGCUACUGCACAGGCAGUUGAAGCAGCAGAACAAGUUCAGAUACAAGUACCAAAUGAUAAGGUUGGUUUGAUUAUAGGCAGAAUGGGGGACACCAUUAAAGGCCUGCAGGCCAGAACAGGGGCCCGUAUUCAGUUGAUACCUCAACAUCCUCCAAAGGGUGAUGAAUCCAAAGAAAGGACAGUGCGAGUAACUGGUGAUAAGAAGCAAAUUGACAUGGCCAGGGAAUUGAUAAAGGAAGUUAUGAAUCAGACUGUGAGGCCAUUUGGUGGUUUUAACCAUCAGACUUAUCGGUCCCAUGGACCAGGUGGUCCCCAAUGGGGUCCAGUAGGUGCUCGUCCAUCCCAGCACUCUUCAUAUGACUAUCAGCAACGGCGACCAUAUCAGAGUCGUAAUACUCAGUACCCUCCUACAUAUGGGAAUCAUCCUCAACAUAUGGGUCCUAGAAGUGGCUUUGGUUCUGGGUGGGAGCAAAGGCCACCUCCAAAUAUGCAGGGGAUGCCUCCACAUGGUGGUGGUUAUGAUUACUAUGGCGGACACGGAGCAGAAGGUCUGGCGCAACAUUCUGCUCAUGGCCCUUCUUAUGCUCCUGGCCCUUCUCCCAACCCUACAAUGGGUGGACCUCCUUCCCAACCUAACUAUUAUGGACAGCCACAUGGUUCAGACUACAGGCAUCCGGCUCCUUAUUCUCAUUCUGCACCUCCUCAGCAUGGCUAUGGACAUGGAUACGAAGAACCAAAAUAUGAUAAUCAUGCUCCAACACAGCAGCCCUAUGGCGGACAUGGAGCUUCUCAGCCGUAUCCACAAACUGGAGCUCAGUCAGGUUAUGGUCCACCGCAGCAUUUUGGUAAGCCACCAGCAUAUACCAUGCCAUCUCAGGGACCACCUCCCCAGCCUUAUGUUGCCCCCAUGGCUAGCCAACCAGGAGAACAAGUUUAUCAGAACCCAGCUCAGCCAUAUGGUCAGAAUGCCCCUGCUCAACAGCCAUAUCCAUAUGCAUCCACUGCACCUGCUCAACAGACGUAUGCUCCACCAUAUGGUUCUGCCCCGUCUACUGAUGGAUACAAUCAGCCACCAACUGCUUCAAGCACAGGUUAUCCACAGCAAGGCGGGCAGCCUGCUAGUUAUGGUCAGCCUGCAUCUGGCUAUGCACAAGCAGCUCCUGCAGCAGGGUAUGCACAAUAUCCAACGGCUCAACAAGGUUACCCUGAGCAGGCUGCCUCAUACACUGGCGGUUAUGGGUACCAAGGGUCUCAAGAUCCUGCCUAUGGAGGUGUCUCUGCACCUGCCUAUGGUGCGGCUCCAGUUGCACAACAGGGCUACGCUCAACCAGCACCUGCAGCAGCUGUGGUGCAGCCGGGCUACACCCAGCCAGCACCAGCAACAACUCAACAGAGUUACGAUCAGUCGGUCCCGCAGUCAGGUGCUUAUGGGAAAACAGUGUCACCUCAGCCUGCUGGCUACGCUCAGUACGACUCGAGCCAAAUGUAUGCUGCACCUCGUUGAGUGAUACUAAUGUAGUUUUGAGAGCUUCAUGUUGCGGCUUAUGCGCCAUGUUCAUCUUUUAAUUCUAUUAGUUAUUAGCUAGUUAGGCCUCCGUGACUGGAUCACUCAUGGAACUUUGCCGUUGCUGCUUUGAUUCAUGUAAUGUAGUGUUAAUGCCUUGAUAAAAUUCUGAAACUUGACCAUGAGUUACUGAUGAAUUCUUCUCUUAACAUUUCAAUUUGUUCGUCCUUCCCUUUA